GCCUCCCCGUUCCCAGAGUGGUGCUCAGCAUGGCGGGGAUUCCAGGGCUCCUCCUCCUCCUCCUCUUCCUCCUCGGUGCUGUGGGGCAGGUGAGCCCCUAUGGUGUCCACUGGAAACCCACUUGGCCUGCUUACCGCCUCCCUGUGGUCUUGCCCCAGUCCACCCUCAAUUUAGACAAGCCAGACUUCGGGGCUGAAGCCAAAUUGGAAGUGUCCUCCUCAUGUGGACCCCAGUGUCACAAGGGAACCCCACUGCCUACCUAUGAAGAGGCCAAGCAGUACCUGUCUUAUGAAACGCUCUAUGCCAACGGCAGCCGCACUGAGACACAGGUGGGCAUUUAUGUCCUCAGCAGUGGUGGGGGACAAGAGUCUUCAGGAAAGUCUCGGAGGAAGCGGCAGAUUUAUGGCUAUGACAGCAGAUUCAGCAUUUUUGGAAAGGACUUCUUGCUCAACUACCCCUUCUCAACAUCAGUGAAGUUAUCUACAGGCUGUACGGGCACCCUGGUGGCAGAGAAGCAUGUGCUCACAGCUGCCCAUUGCAUACACGAUGGGAAGACCUAUGUGAAAGGAACCCAGAAACUUCGAGUGGGCUUCCUGAAGCCCAAGUUUAAAGAUGGUGGCCGAGGGGCCAACGACUCCAGCUCAGCCAUGCCAGAGAAGAUGAAGUUUCAGUGGAUCCGGGUGAAACGCACCCAUGUGCCCAAGGGCUGGAUCAAAGGCAAUGCCAAUGACAUCGGUAUGGAUUAUGACUAUGCGCUCCUAGAACUGAAGAAACCCCACAAGAGAAAGUUCAUGAAGAUUGGGGUGAGCCCUCCUGCCAAGCAGCUGCCCGGGGGCAGAAUCCACUUUUCUGGUUAUGACAAUGAUCGGCCAGGCAAUUUGGUAUACCGCUUCUGUGAUGUCAAAGACGAGACCUACGACCUGCUCUACCAGCAGUGUGACGCCCAGCCCGGGGCCAGCGGGUCUGGGGUCUAUGUGAGGAUGUGGAAGAGACAGCAGCAGAAGUGGGAGCGAAAAAUUAUUGGCAUCUUUUCGGGGCACCAGUGGGUCGACAUGAAUGGUUCUCCGCAGGAUUUCAAUGUGGCUGUUCGAAUUACCCCUCUCAAAUAUGCCCAGAUUUGCUAUUGGAUUAAAGGAAACUACCUGGAUUGUAGGGAGGGGUGACCCAGGGUUCCUUCCCGAUGGCACUUCAUGGUCUUCAUGUACUUACUUUAGGAGAGGCCAGAUUUUGUCUUUGGUUUUGUGUGUGUGUGUGUGUGUGUGUGUGUGUGUGUGUGUGGAAUGUGUCAUAAUAUCUUUUACCUAAUUUUUUUAAAUUGCAAGAUGACUGGCUUUUUUAUUUGAAAACCGGUUUGUGUAUCAUAUAGCAUUUAAAUAGGUUAAAGGCAUUCUUUUGCAUAGAAGUAAAAAAAAAAGAAAACAUGCCGAUGUUUGGGAUGAUAGGGACUAUUUAGCAAUCAGGUUCAUCUUUCACUUUCUGAGAACUUUGAUUUUUAUUGCAUCUGAACUUGUUUCAAAGGUUUCUAUUAAAAAUGUGGCAUACAGGAGAUAUAAAUUCUUAUGUGUGUAUGUAUGUGUAUUUUUUUCUAAGAUUCAUCUUUGUGGGUUUUUUUUUUAAUGCCUCAUCAUGAAUGUUUUCACACGGCAGUGUUUCCCACCACAUACAACUCUUAGGAAAUUUCACAAUACUUCUUAGGCAGGUGUACUGUUUUUGGAUUUGGAGGCAUUUACACAGUAGUCCUUGACCAAUAAAAUAAUUUGUUAACUGCAUUGGUGUCCCCACCUGCUUUCAGGGUUGAAGUGGUUUCUCUCCUGAAGACUGUCACUCCGUUGUUGGGGAAGCCUUUGAUGUGGCCCUGGCAGCUUUGUGACAUGCCAGUGCAGGCAAGAUCAUUCAUGCCAAGCCUUCCAUCUAACAGGAGUUUACUCACAUUUCUCCACCAACUGUUUUCCAGAAGACAAUAAUCAGGGCCUAAUUAGAACAGUCUGUAUUACUUCCUAGCUAACAGUUGUGGUCACACCAAAAAACAAUCAUCUUGUUUUACCCCUGGAGGAUAGCACAUCUCAUGUCUUAUCAUUUGGAUGGAGUGAUUUAAAAUGAAUUAAAUUCCAGAGAACAAUGGACACCUUGCUUGGCAGACGUCACAACGGAAUAACCACUUGUUUGGAGCCUGGCACAGUCCUACAACCUAAUCAAAGUUAUUCUACAUCGUUUGCAGUGAACUUGCAGGGAGCUAUGUACUUGUGCAGUUUGGAAGCUUUCCUCUUUACUUGUUUUAUAGUAAAAGUAUUUGGAUGGUGCUUUAAGAAAACCCAGGAGGACAUUUUCCCGCUAGCUUUAAAAGGGCCUCUUUGAAUGGAAUACUUUAGGCUACAGGCGUAUAUAAUCAAGUACAGUAGCAAAAAUGGAAAUUGGUAGAAUGAGAAGCAGAUCAAAAUUGCCCCUCCAGUAAAUGCCUUUAUUCAUGUCUUAUCAAUAUGAUAAUCACAGUUUCUAAAGCAAAGAACUUGACUUAUGUUAUCUUUUCACUAUAUGCAUCUUAGCCUGAGCACAUAUUUCUAAAUGUAUCAGUGGAGAAAAAAAGCAAAUGGAUUAUAGGGCAGAUUUUUGCUGGGCUUGUACCUUAGGUAACAGCCUGGCUUAUGACUGUGAGGACAUUCAGAUAUGGCACUGACGCUUAGACCUUCUCUGUGUGGCUUUUGGUUUGUGUUUCUCGGGCUUUUCAGGAGAAUAAUCCUGAAAAGACACUGAAGUAAUGUACACCCAUAGUGCUUUCUUCAAAUCACAGAAGAAAUACUAUGUGUAGCAAAGAGAUGUAGGACCUGCCAGGAGUUUUAUGAGCUCCAGUACAAUUUGCUUUGGAAUCUAGCAGGAAUCUAGCCUGAGGAAGAAGAUCGUCUGCAUCCCUAUGUUUGGUAUUUGAGGUGGGGGGGGGGGGAGGGAUUGCUUUUUGCUUUUGCUUGGUGUGAAAAGAAAUUCACUGAACACCUAGACAGAACUAAUUAAAAAAAAAAAAAGAUGCUCCUUUUGUAAAGCACCUGAUUUCUUGAUUUUCAUUUUUUGCAAAAUUGAAACUUCCCUCAGCAAGGGUAGGUAAUAACACAAAGUCAAAAUAAUAUCCAUGUUUAGUUCACAAACAGGUACAAUGUACUAAAGAAUAGGACCCACGUGCUCUGUACAACGUAAGUCAUAGAUGAUAAAGUAAUCCAACACGUUCAUCUUUUCACUGGUAAGAGGCAUGGUAUUAAACUGUUGUGGGAUUUGAAAUAAAAGAUGAAGAAAGGACUCUCACAAUAUUAUUAAUAUAAUGAGUAUUUUACCUGUCUUAGUUGUACAUUGUAAGGGUAUAUUCCUAGUAAGACUAGUAGAACAACAUUCCUAAAGCAUGUGCCAUAGAAGCUCAGCCCUCCAGAUUUCCUACUAAGAACAGAAAGGGCACCGUCAUCAAAGAGGAGAGAGGUGCCUUCCAGUACUCUGUCUCCUUAUCAGGGAUUCCAUUGCCUGUUUGCACUUUGAAUGCUCUAAGAAGUCCUGUGGUAAAGAGAGACCUGUUAAUGUUUUAAAUCUGUGUUUCAAUAAAGAUCUUCGAUCACUCA